AUGCCGUCUCAAGAAUCUCCUUACAAGUUUCUCACCAUGCUUGUCGUGGGUCUAGGAACAUACGCUCUCUACAAGUUCCUCAAGACUCAGGGCAAUUCGCCUGCUGAUAUCUCUAACGCCACCAAAACUACACAAAAGACCGCAACUCGCGAAGAUCUUAUUGCAAAAUUUGGCGAAAAACCUGAGAUUGUCAAGGACGAAGAUACUGGCGAGUACUUUGUCCAGGAUCCCAAAAAUCCAGACAAUAUCACCCCUAUCACCCCUGAGGAAAUCAAGAUCCUUAACCAAUACCCCCGAGAUGCACAACAACCCCCUACCGCGCCACAUCCACAGCAACAGCAACAACAACCACAACAACAAGAGCAACCUGCCGCUGUCCAACCACCUGCAUUUGUUGGCGACGGUGUUAUUGGCCCCGAAGACUUUGAAGAUUUUCAAGAAGAUAUUGAGGACCCUGAGCUCGAAGCGCUCAAUCGCGGUCUGGCUGACGAGGAAGAGUUCCGACAGCACCAGCAACAAGCCGGUUUUGGUGCUGGUGGUGCCGGUCCUGGUCCUGCUACUGCCAAUGCUCGUGCUGCAUCCGGCACGAAGAUAAUUGGUACCAAAAAGGCUAAAUCUCUUGAACGCAAGGAUCAAAAGCGUGCUUUCAAUGAAUAUGUCCGUGAAAUGUCUCUUAUGCAAAAGGCCGAGAAUGAAGAACAAGAACGAAUGUACGGUGAUUUGAUCCAAAUGGAACGUGACGAGCGUAAGCAGCGCAACGAGGAGGCCGAAAAUGAGCGCAAGGAACGUCUUCGCAAGCAAAAGGAAAUGGAGGAGGAUGCUCUUGCCGCUAAAGAAUAUUCCCGAAAGCGUCUUCAAGAGCUUGAGCCUGGACAAUACCACGCCAUCCUUAGCCCUGAUGAAAUUGGCAUUGCCCACGGACUUGCCGACGCUUUUGUUGUCAAUGAAGAUUCCUUUGUCGUUAAACUCAGCCAAGAUGACAUUGAAGCUUUUGCUAAGGCUCUCCAAGAAAAGGGAACGGUUUCUUACGAAGAAAUGGCUGAUAUUCUCACUCAAAUUAAGGCAUAA